CCAUGACAGCCUCCUGCGAAAGAGGAGCAGCAGCGGGGCGGGGCGGGGCGGAGGUUGUGGCGGCGUGGGAUUGCUUUUCUCGCCUGUAACCUCAAUGGUCCACAUCUGGAAUAAAGGCUGACAGCCAGACCUGACAAGGAUUGUGCGUAGUUACUAUGACAACAGUGACAGGCCUGAAGUCAGAAGAUAAGAACGUGACAGAGGCGCCCCCGGAGGCAAAGGUAGCCGCUGGUGGCUCACAGGCUUUACAAGGCAUGAGGACCAAUCAGGAUCACGAGGCCAAACUGCUCGACGACACUGGGGACAUGGAUGAUGCCUCGGAAAAAACAACUCCUACCAAGGCCUCAAAAUCCCCCCAGAGAAAAUCAAAACGGGCAAAGACAGUCCCCUUCAAAGUGACUCUACUGGAUGCUUCAGAAUACGAAUCCGGGAUUGAGAAGUGUGCUAGAGGACAAGCCCUGUUGGACAUAGUGUGUGAACAUCUAAACCUGCUCGAGAAGGAUUAUUUUGGUCUGCUAUUCUAUGACACGGACUCACAGAAGAACUGGCUGGAUCCUUCCAAGGAGAUCAAGAAGCAGCUUCGCACCAACCACUGGCACUUAACCUUUGCUGUCAAGUUCUACCCACCAGACCCUGCUCAGCUUAUAGAAGAUAUUACCAGGUACUACCUGUGUCUGCAGCUGAGGGUCGACAUCCUGUCUGGCCGCUUGCCAUGCUCGUUUGUCACUCAUGCCCUGUUGGGCUCUUACGUAGUACAGGCUGAGCUUGGGGACUAUGAUCCCGAAGAACAAGGUGUUGACUACGUCAGUGACUUUCGUCUUGCUCCCUAUCAGACCCGUGAAAUGGAGGAGAGGGUUGUAGAGUUGCAUCGUGGCUACAGGGGCAUGAGUCCUGCAGAAGCUGAGAUUAACUUCUUGGAGAAUGCGAAAAAACUGUCCAUGUAUGGAGUGGACCUCCAUCAUGCGAAGGACUCAGAAUGCAUCGACAUCAUGCUGGGUGUGAGUGCCAAUGGCCUGCUCAUCUACAGAGAUCGGCUCAGAAUCAACCGCUUUGCUUGGCCUAAGAUUCUCAAGAUUUCCUACAAAAGGAGCAACUUUUACAUAAAGAUUCGGCCAGGAGAGUACGAGCAGUUCGAGAGCACCAUUGGCUUCAAGCUUCCCAAUCACAGAGCUUCCAAGCGGCUGUGGAAAGUCUGCAUUGAGCAUCACACCUUUUUCAGGUUGGUGUCUCCUGAACCUCCCCCCAAAGGCUUCCUUGUGGUUGGAUCCAAGUUUCGGUACAGUGGACGGACACAGGCGCAGACCCGUCAAGCCAGCGCGCUAAUUGACCGCCCUGCCCCCCACUUUGAUCGGUCCACCAGCAAGAGGUACCUGCUGUGUCGCAGCUUGGAUGGGGCUUCUGCCUUAGGCGAGAACCAGGAUGGGGUGUCCCAGCGCAGCUCUAGUGACCGUACGUACAACCUGUCUGUGGAUGACCUGAACCAAGAGUUAGAGCAGACCCAGGAGCAAGACCUGGAUCAGGACCAGGAGAUGGCCACCACACCGCCUAAGACCAAGGAACUGAAGGACAACACAGACAUUCCCACUGAUGCUAAACAGGAGGAGACAACCCCACGUCACAAACCGGAGUUUCUCCAUAAGUCUGAGGAAAUGCUGCUGAAGCACCAGGCCAGCAUCAAUGAGCUGAAGAGGGCCCUGAACAGUAAGCUGGUGCAGAGGGAGAAGCGUCUGUCUGCUGGGGCUGCCCCUGAAAGCAUGGCGGCUUUAGCAGGACAUGGCGGGCGGGAGGAACCCAGAGACGAUGCCAGCCUGGAGGGCUCAGCGCAGAAGAAUCUGAUGGAAUCACCUCAGGCCUCUGAGGAGUGGGUCUGGGUUGAAAAACACAACCUUGGUCAGCAGGAUCUGCCUGUUGAUUCCCGAGAGGAAAAAAAGUCUUUCAGCUCGCCGACUUCCGCAUAUGCCGAUGUCCAAGUACAAAAACGAAAACUGAAGGAGGAUGGAAAAGUGGUGACCAAACCAAUACGUACUGCAGUGUUUGGGAAUGAAGAUCACGAGGAAAUAAUCUCACCAGCAGGGAGUUCUGUGGGAGCCCCUGCCAGCGAUCUUGAGGGUAGUUUCUGUAAUGUUGACCUGAAAGGGGUGAAAGAGCUUUUGUCCCCAACUGUAGGUGUAAAAAGCAGCAGAAGACAAGAAAGCAAACUUCUGGCUGUGGACCACAAGGCCAAUAAUGAGAAUAAAAUGCCGCAGGCAGGAAUAAUGUCUGGCCAGCAGGAACACUUCUUUUUCAGUAAGAAUAGAUUACAGGGAUUCAACAUGGGUGAGGGAACAGUGUUUUCCUACAACCAAACCAUGGAGUGUACUGGUGGCGAAGAAGUGUUAGAUGGAUUGGACCCACAAACUGCCUCCUACAAAGUCACACAAAGUGGGGCAGAAAAAAACCCAUUUGGGCCUGGAAAUGAAAUAUCAAGUAUUCCAGAUAAAAAUAUUGUGUGUGGGGAGAGUCUGUUGCAAAAGAAGAAUACAGCGAUCACUGUGAUGAGGCCCACUGGGCAAAGAAAUGAUAGCAGAGCUGAAGGUUCGAUGGACAGGGACACUGACAAUCAACAAGUUACAUACAAAGUAGAAAAGGCUCAAGUCUCAGAAACAAUGAGAGAGAUUCCAUCUUUAGAAAAGAUGCGACACUCUUGCAUGGUGCAGGAAUCUGGAAUACACCAGAGGAAGAGCAAUACUAUGGGAAAGGAAGCAUUCUCUGGCAUAAACCCUGACACUGGGGCAGGAGAAGUAUUAGGGAAGGUGCAAAAAGGUGACAUCUUAGGCAUGGCAACAAGACAUUCCGCCAAAAAGGAAGUGCUAGAGAACUCAGAGAUUCAAUCAAACUUUCCUAGUGUACAGCAGUUAAUGGUCAACCAAACAGCAGAUGAACAUAAAGACUCAAAGUCAGGCAAAAAAGAGAAAGAAUUUGCUGAGGAACUGACAAGGAGACUGGGAGUAGUUAAAAUAGAUACAAUGGAAAGAUGGUCCAAUGACGGAGUAAAAGGAAAUACCCACUUGCCAAAAAUUGCUCCCCGCAAGCCGGAGAGAUCAAAAUAUUCUUUGGGCAGAGAAGUUGCCAAAGACGUGGUAAAGCUACAAGUACAUUCCACAGCUCCUGGUGAGAUCGGUAGCGAUUUUGCUGCAGCAUUGAAUGAACAGUGGAUCAGACACCCUGCUCACACAUCCCCGGCUCCCUCAGAAACCCAAUAUUUUGAUUCAGUAAAUUCAGCUGCACAAAAAUUCCCUCACUCAACCCUCCCCACCAAUCACCAGGAGACCAGGGACUCUGGCCUGAUGCUUGGAACCAGCAAGGAUCCCAACCAGGAGAGGGAUGUAUGGGAAAGGGAGCUUGAUCCCAUGCUGGAGGACGAUCAGGAGCCUGAAGCCUCCUACCUGAGGGAGAGCCACCUGGGCAUCGAGCGCAAGUGCUCCAGCAUCACUGUCAGCUCUACGUCCAGCCUAGAGGCUGAGGUGGACUUCACCGUGCUCACGGACUUCCAGACAGGCGUGGAGGAGUUCUCCCGGGGGAUGUCCGAACUCGGGGAGCAGGAUUACUUCCUUGAGGCAUGCCGUGACGCACGUGACCAUGCCCCCAUCGAGGACAUUUUACCCGAAGACUGGCUCUUACAUGAGCCAUCAAUGGCCUGUAAAGAGCCUAGUAGGAUAAGUCCAGCCCCAUCGACGAGGACAGAGUCCAGCGAUGUGUUCACUGUCCAUUUACAAAGGAAAGAUCCAGGUCAAGCUGCCAGUAGCAGAGUGCUGAAAAGAGAGCCCAGCGACGUAGUGCCCACCCAGGCCUUGAAAAAGACAGGAUUCAAGAUGGAGACACAACCCAAUGGGACAGAGGUCACCACCACCAUCUUGGAAAUGUCAGAUCAGAGUUACAGUGUGAGCUGUCUAGAGGACGCUCUACCCUCUAUGGCUGAAAGCUUCAUGCCUGUAAAGACCGUCACCCUAGGGAGAGAGGCUUUUGGGUCUCCAAUGAUCGUCACCUCAGAAAAUGUUGCCUCGGCAACUACAACUCAAGUUACCAAGACUGUGAAAGGGGGUUAUUCCGAGACAAGAAUUGAGAAGAGGAUAAUCAUCACUGGAGACGAAGAUGUGGACCAGGAUCAGGCUUUAGCCAUGGCGAUACAGGAGGCCAGACAGCAGCAUCCUGAUAUGCUGGUAACCAAGGCAGUAGUUGUCAGGGAAACUGAAACUUCCUCUCAGGAGAAACACAGAAGAACCGAGUCAUGAAGACUGAUAGAUGGCGGCAGUGAGCACCUUCAACAGGGACAGGAUGCGAGUCAAGCCUUUGGACCUAGCAUGCCCAAAACAUCUGGCAACCAUUCUCUUAGUCAUCCCCUCACUCCUGUUAGAUAUCUGCUCACUCUUCAAACGACCAUGUCUUACAUAACCUCAUCAUGAUUUCCACCAUUAGUACGUCUGCCCUCUACAGCUAAACCCCCAAAGCGGUCUUAUACCUAAACCGUACCUAAAACGUGGUUGCCCUACAGUUUUAACCCAUUCUUAUCCCAUUGCCUGCCCACGCACGAAAAAUGGCUCCAUGUUUUCUCAUUUUGAUACUCUUGUGUCUGUCUGAAACCUGCCUGCUUCCUGACCCUUUUAAAGCAGACAGUCACUACUGCAUCCCCUGUUUCAUCCAGAUUACCGCAGCACAGUGACCCUGCUUAGUAAAAAAAAAAUCCAGUAAAAUAAUUAACGAGAACAAUUCCUAAGGAGUAUUCCUGUUCUAGAUGACAUCUAGCCAGUAGUUAGAAAAAAAUCAUAGUCACUGAGUGAUAGGCCGAACUGCUUUUAAACUGCAUCCAUAGAUCCUUCCAUAUCUUCCAUAUAUAAUGAUGUCAUUAUACACAAUCUCCACAAUCAGGAAGCAGAAAUGGCAAAACAAUGGUAAUACAAAUCUGCCUGGUCAUGUGUGCCAGAAUAUGAACUUCAAACAAUAUUUGACGGCAAAGUUUUAGAAGUGUGCAAGAUCAGAGGACUAAAGCAAGACCCUGAGUGUUGAACACAUGCGUUUUAACAGGUCAAAUACAGUCAUUGUGCAUGAAAGGCAGCCUUACUGUGCUGAGGAAGACCUCGGCUACCACCUCAGUUUUUGAGCUGUUUAUGAAAAGCACCAUCAGAAUCAUAGCAAAUAAUCAAGCAAUAACGGCACUGGUUUCUAUUACUGAGGCUUUAUACCAACAUCAUUGAUCAAAAGCUUUGCUUCUAACACAUUUACCCUGGCGCUUUGCUUUACUCCAUCUGGAAGCCUUUCCAAACAACGCCACAGUUAUAAUUUUGGCAAUCAGACCUGAAAACAAAACACUUUAUGAACUACGUAUUCUUUGUAUGUGACAAAUUUUUAAUUAUAUUUCAAUCGAAAUUUUGGAUUUCCCAGUUGUAUAUACAGUAUGAAGUUGGGUUUAGAGCAGGUCCUUUUCAUAAUUUAGGGAGAAUUAGCUGUGUGAAACAUUGUCUGCAUGUUGUUCAGUGCAUCUGAGGACCUUAUACGUUCAGCUGUAGUGUGCCGUAUAACAUUGAGUCAUUAGUAUAGCUUUGAAUCAGUUCCUGUGGGAAAAUGUGUCCUUAGGUCACUAUUUCAGGGCACGCUCUACACUGGUUGAUUAGCCUAGAGACACUAUUAUUGUGUCAUCUGUUGCCUGCAGCAAUGGAUGUCAUACAGAACUGCAGGCCUCUGUAUCAUAAACUGAGCCAGAAGACCUUAAACUGACUAUUGGUGUCCAUGUCUGAGAGCGCAGAGAAAGGCAAAGUGAGUUUCUGUAGCUUUGAUCUCUUAUAAAGACAGUACAGUGGUAAAGAAACAGGUGAGAAAUUAAACACGCAGAAAAAUGCGCUCCUCUCUUUGUGGCGUAGUAUUUUUUGAAACGGGAAACAUCCCCUGUUUUUACUCCAUUUUGUUCUUGUUACCGGAGACCACAAUCUCUUCAAGAAGUGUGAUAUGUGGGUCCUUGUCAUGAGUCUCUAGAAGAUGUAUGUAUGUGUGUGUGUGUGUGUGUGUGUGGAUAGACCAAGAAAACUACUUUCAUGAAGCGGAGUACUGGACCCGAGCGUGAUCGUUUCUUUACUAUCCCAGUGACGACAGUAGUUGGUAAGUUGUGAACACACAAUUUAUGUUGCAGUAAGAGAGAACCUGUUUCUGUCCCAAUUUACCUGCACUUUGGGUGCUCAGUGGUUUAUGUUUGAUUGGGUACAGGAAGGUUAGGUACUUACAGUUUUUUUCCAGCCUGGAUUCUCAGUGAUGGCGCAUCCCGAUUGUCGUUGGCUGGGUAUGUAGGGAGCCACGUGGGGCCGUCCGCACCAGGCUGUGGAGAGCCUUCCCCUGAGCAUUCUAAACUCCGCCCUCCGCCUUUUCCAUUAAUGCUGCCUGCUGUUAGUUAGACCCCACCCUCCUGUAGGCAUUACUGCUCCGUGUCUGAGACAGACAACGAGUGCAUGUGUGACUAGCCCACACCGUUACAAAGGGGUCAGGUUUUGUACAGCUGGACAUCACUAGGAUGCAGGUGUCUUUUAGAGAGUCCCCCUGUGUUCAGUAUGAUAUUCCACAUGAAUGAACAAACCUGGGGAGAGAUUAGAGCAGCACCCGUCACCUUGAACCCGGUGAGUCCGCACCACUGCCCAGAAGCCCCCCUCCCCGUUCACCAUCGGCUGCACUUACCCCUCUAUCUGCACUCUCCUUUCAGUUGAUCCUUACUUUAGUGCAUUCCCUCAUCGCCUGAUGCUGAGUGUUUGCUGUACACUGUAUCCGCAUUAAAUAAACACACUAAUAAAUGUCACAUGUAGUAGAAA